AUGGUGGCGGUAGAAUUUGCGCGACGUGGGUUCCGUGGCUCCCAUUUGCACUUCAAACACCGGUCACAGCUUGUCAACUGGCGGGCACCUCAUGCCAAUCAAUACUCUGGCAGACUAAAGCAACCUUUACCCUACAAAGAGAGGCCGGAGCUGAAGUCUCUUGCGCAAGCCCACUCAGCAACCUCAUCCAAACCCUCCAUCUCUCCACCUGACGGUGGUGAUCUGGUUAGCUUUACGAAGCGCAAGCGAACCACGAUCUUUUACAUUGCCAUUAUCACAGGCGCCGUUAUCGUCACAUCUUUCGUGUACCUCCAGUACGCUGAUCCGCUACGACUCGAGAACCCUACUGUCGCCGAACGAGACACGUUGAUCAAGCGUGAGAAUGGAAUUACGGCCUCCUCACCAAUGCGUCUUCGCAUGGAAUCCCUCAUCAAGUCUGAACAGCAACGGAUCGUGAACGAGCUGGAGCGAUUUGAUCCGACACAUAGAUUCCGCGUUGAUUCUUGGUCCCGACCAAACGGUGGGGGUGGCCUUUCUUGCGUGCUUCAAGAUGGUAAGGUGUUCGAAAAAGCAGGCGUAAACACAUCGGUCGUAUAUGGUACCCUGCCGCGUCCCGCAGUCCAGAAAAUGCGAGUCAACCAUAAAGCGCUUGACCCAGACGUGGAGAGUCUUGAAUACUUCGCUGCGGGCUUAUCUUGUGUGUUACACCCCGCAAACCCCCAUGCUCCAACUGUGCACUUCAACUACCGUUAUUUUGAGACAAUGGACAAGGACGGGACUUGCAAUGCGUGGUGGUUUGGCGGUGGCACUGAUCUGACUCCAAGCUAUCUCUAUGACGAAGAUGCUAUACAUUUCCACCAGAUCAUUAAGGGGGCUUGCGACAAGCAUGACAAGUCCUACUUUUCGAGAUUCAAGAUCUGGUGUGACAAAUAUUUCACAAUUCCGCACCGGAAGGAGGCAAGAGGCAUCGGCGGAAUAUUUUUCGAUGAUCUAGAUGAGCAGGAGAAGGAUCAGGAACAACUGUUUUCAUUUGUGAAAGAUUGUCUCCUAGCCUUUUUGCCCUCUUAUAUGCCAUUGCUUGAGAAGAGAAUCAAUACACCUUUCACAUCUCAGGAGAAGGAGUGGCAGCAAUUGAGACGUGGUCGUUACGUUGAAUUCAACCUGGUGCACGAUCGGGGCACGAGCUUCGGGCUCAAUACUCCCGGCGCGCGGGUAGAGAGCGUGCUGAUGAGCUUGCCGCUUACUGCGAGAUGGAUAUACAUGCAUGAGGUUGAGAAGGGUAGUAGGGAGGAGAGACUUCUCAAAGUGCUGCAAGAGCCAAGAGAUUGGGUUUGA